CGUAAUACGUCGCUGGAAGGUGGCCCCGUCCGUCCCCUAUACAUACCCCUGCGCGCCAUGGCCGCCAUAGUCCAGUACGGCAAAGCUCGCAGCUAGCCACGUAGUGCGUUGUCUCCCUUUCUCCAACAGGGCCGAGAGAGCAAUGGCGCACAGGGUCCUCGAGCUGACGCUGGUGUCGGGUCACAGCCUGAUGGACGUCAACGUGUUCAGCCGCAUGGAGGUGUACGCCAUCACGUCCGUGCUCGGCGACCCUCGCACGCGGCAGCGCAGCAAGACCGACCGCGACGGCGCCAGGCACCCGACGUGGGACGACACGUUCCUGUUCGCCGUCCCGCCCACGGCCGCCAAGGCCUCCGCCGCGGGCGCCUACCUCCACGUGCUCCUCCGCACCGAGCGCCUCUUCGGCUUCGACGACGUCGGCGAGGUGUUCAUCCCUCUCGCCGACCUGCUCGCCUGCGCCUGCGUCGGCGGCACCGGCCCGACGCCGCGCUGCGCGUCGUAUCCGGUCCGGAAGGUGCACUGCACCGAGCACCGGGGCAUGCUCACCGUGGCGUACCGCUUCGGCCCCGUGAUGGCGCCGCUGCCCCAUCAGGACAAAGAGUUGUGCUGGGACGACGGCGCGGUCAUGGGGUACGAGCUUCCGCCAUGGCAUUACUAUCCUCAGGCGUGUGCUCGCAUGCCACCGGCGCCCAAGCCAGCUGCAGGCUGUGGCGCGGCCGCUGCUUCGCCGGCACAGAAGAACUACGUAAGGAACGGCAGCUUCGCGCUGGGGCUCGGCGCGGGGCUUCUCGGCGGAGGCUUCGGCGGGAUGGUGUUCAGCGAUAUGCCGCCGUCGGACAAGACGGCUCAUGACUCCGGGUACAAGCCCACGGCCGACGGUGCAGGGGUCGCCUUCUGAAAACUUUGCAUAUUCAUAUUAUCAGUCUCUAAAUAAGUAGGUCAAACUUGAAUAAAAACUGCGCAGAUUCAU